AUGGCAACAAGGGAGACAGUUGAAAUGGGAUCAAGGUGGUGUAUCGAUAAUGGCAGAACAAUGGAGAUUUGGCGCAAUAGGUGGAUUCCAACCCUGGACAACUUUAAGAUAAUCAGUCCCAAAGGUUCGGAUGGGGAGUUGGUUAAGGUGACACAACUGAUAGAUGGGGAUACUGGAAUGUGGAAGGCGGACCUUAUCAAGAAGAACUUCCUACCUUAUGAGAAUGGCAACUUCAUAGUGAGGAGUGCAUAUGGGGUGGCCCUCAAGAUGCUUAAAAUAGCAAAUUCGGCUAAAGAGAGUGGAGCUUGUUCAGAUAAGGGAAAGAGUGCAGGUUUGUGGAAGUUGGUUUGGAAGCUUAACUAUCCAAACAAGAUAAAGCACUUUCUAUGGAGGGCAUGUAAGAAUAUUUUAUCGACAUAUUUCUGCCUAGCAUCAAGGGGAGUGGUGUCAGAUAGUAGCUGUGGCUUUUGUGGAGUCUAUGAAUCUUCGGGCCAUGCCUUAUGGGACUGCGCUAUAGCUGCUGAGGUAUGGAAGGAAGUAGGCCUUAACCUCCCCAAACUGAAUCAGCCCAUGAAGGAAUUCAUUGAUGUGGUGUGGAUGCUAAAUGAGAGGAAAGGUGUCUCGGAUUGGGAGCUGUUUGCCAUUACAGCGUGGAUGGUAUGGAAUAAUAGGAAUGCAUUCAAGCAUGAAGGUAGGUGCAAAGACCUAAAGAAAAUCGCAAUGGAAGCUAAUGAGUAUGCGAAAGAAGUGGCAGGUGAGUCUCUGCCUCCUAGCCACGAUAUUGCCACUGUUAGGACCAAAUGGUGCCCACCUCAAAAUGGGAGGUAUAACGUUAAUGUUGAUGGGGCAGUGUUCACAAGCCUGAAAAGUAGUGGAAUCGGGGUGGUCAUCAGGAAUGAGGAUGGUCAGAUUAUGGGAGUGAUGAGCAAAAAUCUGCCUCUCCCUUUAGGAGCCUUGGAGGUGGAAGCUAAGGCUUUGGAAUGGGGGAUUGAGUUGGCUAGGGACCUGGGUUUGUGGGAAGUGGAGUUGGAGAGUGAUGCUUAG